AUGGCUCAGGUAGCUCAAUUAGGUAAAUUGCCUCGUCAAGUCUUUCUUGCAUUCCGAGUCCUUCCUUCCAACAGAAAAAUAUUUUCCCGACAACUGGAAAAGUUCUUCCUUCCAACAGGAAAAAAUUUUCCAUCCGACAAGAAAAAAUUUUCCAGUUGUCCGUCCGUAAACCAUUCAAAUUUUCGAAAAUUGAGAACUUUUUGGUCGAACUUCAGGAAAAAUUUUUCCUUCCGACAGGAAAAGUUCUUCCUUCCAACAGGACACAAACGGAUGACUGACGUUCCUCUUCCUGAAUGCCUUCCAAAGCCAGAAGAACCGACAGCCCCAGCACCACAACAGACUUACUAA